GGAGAGAAAUGCUUUUAAAACUUCAAUGAAGUGUACAGGAGAGGAAAGGACUCCAGGCACCUUGGUUAACAAAUACCUUCUCAAAUGCUAAAUCAAGGAGAUACAAAGAAAAGCAGAAUAAUCCUGCCAUUAGUAUCUGAACUGACAAGAUUUAGAGACAAAUUUGAGGUCGACAAAUCCUAUCCCAUCAUUUUACAAGUUAAGAACUGAGAUUCACAGAAUGGAUGUGACUUCUUUUUUAUCCACGAGAAUACUGAAGCUUAAACACAGGUGGAAUCCAACAACUUAUAUUGAACAUGGUAGAAAGCAGAUAUUUGAUUCAGGGACAUCCAAAGAAGAGAAUUCAUCCUUAAAGUUCAAUUCUUCAACCAGCAAAUUAAUAAAACAUAGCACACCUGUGGAUGCCACACUGUCUAAAAGCAUGAUUUCUAUAGACAGUAUAUCCUACCUAAAAGAAGCUGGAAGUGAAAGGGGAAUUCCUAUGGAGUCUCCCCUGCCCAAAACACCAUUUCUAGAAUUUUCGGCUCAUCCAGAUACAAAAAGUCUCAAACCUUUUGGUCAAAGGAAGAGACUUUCUACAGUAUCUGCUUCUGAGGAAUCCAAUGCAGAGGUACAAAACAGCUUGAACCUCUCUUCAGCCAAGCAGGGACAUCAAGUUUCUGAUCCAUUAACCAAGAAAAAGAGUAAGAUAUCUUUCAAGAAAAAGAGUAAGAUAUCUUUCAAAAAAUGGUGCUGUUAUGGAUUACCUGGAAUAAAGGACCCUGUUGAAAGAAAAGGUCGUUUUAACAAGAGACAUGUGGCAAAUGACUUGAGCCCAUGGGAACUUCUUCAACUUCAAAACAUUGAAGAAGCUACACAUCAUGAAUUAGUUAUUGAAGUCACAAGAUAAUCUUCAAGAAAACCUAUAAAUGUAUUCUGUUUGAAACUUCUAUAAGUUCUUCCCACAUAAAUAAUAAAUGCUGCAUUUUGUUGUACUUAAACAAAUGAGCUUAUUUGUAGCAUAAAAGCAUACUUUUAUUUUUGAAUUUAGUUUAAUACAUUGGUUGAAUAAACUCUAGAAAUGCAGAAAUCCUCAGAUCUAAGUUUACAAACAUAUUAGUAAUCAAGGUUUAAUUAACAUACAAUAAAAAUGAUUGCACAUGAAGCUGUGAAUCUAUGUACA